UCCACGUCCCCGCGGUGUCGGCGUCCUACCGGCUGAGAUGUGUUACGCGCCCCUGGUUUAGAAAAAAACACAGAAGGAAAACUUCACAGAAAUGGCGGAGGGCUCCACGACUCUCAAAGGCUUACGAGCCCAAAUGGCUGCAGCUGCACAGGCACAAGCCGAGGAGCGGCGCAGCCUGUCAGGGAACAGCCCAGGACCUACAACCAACGCACAAGCUAAACCUCAGGGGAGUAGGCCAGUCAUUGACGGUGCUGCAAUUAGAAUAGACGACCGACUGCGAGUGGCGAAAGAGAGGAGAGAGGAGGCAGAGAAACAACAGGUUUUAAAAGACUCUCAGAUCAUGGAGCGGGAGCGCAAGGCCAAGGUGCAAGUAGAGCGUCAGAUGGAGGAGCGUCAGAAAAAGGUUGAUGAACAGCGAAGAAAGGAGGAGCAGAAACGAUUGGCUGUGGAGGAGAAGAGGAAGCAGAAACAGGAAGAGGAAAAGGAGCACUACGAGUCAAUGAUGCGGCGGACAUUAGAGCGUAGUCAGCGAGUGGAGCAGAGGCACAAAAGAUGGUCCUGGGGAGGACUGUCCACAGACUCAGAUGGGCGGACAGGAGACUCUGAUGCAAGCUCUUCAUCUCCAGUAACUAUAGUUGUCUCCCCUGCCUCGCCAGAAAAGCCACCAAGGAGUCGACAAGUGGACAAGCGCUCCACAUCCACCAUGAACCUGAAACAGCCGUCCGAGGCUGGCAUCAGCAAACGCCUAUCCUCCUCCUCUGCCACCCUUAUCAAAUCUCCUGACAAACGUGUUAAGCCGAGGAGUUCGUCUUGUAAUCGGUUGCCUAACAAUGGCAAUGCUGCUCAGGCCAGUAAGGAAGACGGCAAAAAGCUUCAGGUGGAAAAGACAGGCUGCUCCGUCAAGAAGAGAAGCUCCUCCCUCUCACGAGUAAGUGAGGGCAGAGCACAGACCCCUGCCAAGCCUGAUAAGGCGACAACGGAAGAUCAAGCUCGCAGGCCACCGGCCGGCACUGUGGAUGGAGAGGUCCUUAGUCGCCUGCUCACCCCCACCCAGGCCUCACUAGCUAGGAGCAAGAGCGCCGCCGCCCUGUCAGCUGAAGGAACAAAUGCUCCAGCCUCUGCCAGUCCCCUGCAUCCACCACGGGGGCCUGUGCGCAGCCGCAGCAUUGACCGACAGAAGAGCGGAAUGACCACCUCUGUGUCGGCCGACGGAGCCCUCGACCCCUCAAUGAAGGACAAGCAGUUAACAUCACCUGGAGGUCAACGUCCCGCCUCUCCAUCUACCACCCUGGGACGCAACCGUUCACCAUCCCCAGCCCCCAACCCGGCCCCGAAGAGGACGCCCUCCCCAACAGUACCCAAGCAAAGUCCCAGGACACGCCCACCCUCACCGGGUGCAAUGAAACAACGGCCCCCAUCCCCCCAGCCCACAUCGGCCAAACCGCCGCCUAUCCAGAAACCAGCUCUCACUCCGACAGGGCCCCCCACCUUAAGAAAGAGGGACUCCAAGUCCAAGGAUCUGUUACCUAUCCAAGCUGUGUCUCCACAGUCGACUGAUUCCAACAAGACCAAAGACAAAGAUGCCUCGACAGGCACCAACUCGGCCGCUGAGGCAGCCAAGAUCCUGGCAGAGAACCGCAGACUGAUGCGAGAGCAGAAAGAGAAGGAGGAGCAGCUCAGGGUGCAGAGGGAGGAAGAGGAGAAGCUGAGAAAGGAGGAAGAGAUGCGUUUAGCAGAGGAGGCUCGACUGAUACGCGUGGAGGAGGAGAAGAAGCUUGCAGAGGAGAAGAAAAUUAAAGACGAGGAAGAUGCUCGCCUAGCAGAGGAGGAGCGGGUGAAAAUGGCAGAGGAGGAGGCAGUGAAACAGGCCGAGCUCCAGAAGGAACGGGAGGAGGCCGAAGCCAAGGCCUUGGAGGAGGCAGAGAGAGUCCGUGUGGAGAGAGACCGCAUCAUGCAGCAGAACCAGCAAGAACGAAUGGAGAGGAAGAAGAGAAUUGAAGAAAUAAUGAAAAGAACAAGAAAAGGGGACCAAAGUGACUUGAAGGGUGAAGGAGGAGAUGACGAUAAACAGGAGGAUGGAGAAGAUGGAGAAGAUGAAGAUGGAGAAGAGGGAGAGGAGGGAGAGGACUGUGAUACUCAGAGCCAGCCAGAUGACCUCGCCAUGGAGGAUGACAGAGACGAGUGCGGUCUGCCCUCUGGCGAGCCGGUGGCACAAAGAGAGGAGCCUCUGGGCAGCGUGAACGGAAAACCAGAGACAGACGACAAGGAGAAUAACAAUGGCAUUAGCACAGCUGGGACUCAUGCAGUAAGUCCAGCCCCUAAGAGCCGCCUUGUCGAGGGCUCGGAGUUCCUGAAUGAGCAGGACUCCGCCAAGGUGGGGUUGGUCUCCGGUCUCAACGGUAAAUCCAACCAGUGGAGCUUCGAGGAACUCAUUGACCUCAACGUCCACUCUAAGACUCUGCCCCUCAUCAAGGCAGAGGACUGUAACCAGGUCUUGAUCAACUGUGACGGGAGCUCAGAUGGGACCAGGGUAGCCUUCGAGGACAAGGGAACCCCCGUCAACACCCUGCAUUCCUCUAAUCAACCCAUAGAAGCCCUUUCAGAGAUUUGAUGCUGCAGCCGUUGCUGAGAAGCCUCUUACUGUUGCACUCGUAAAGUUCCUGUCCAGCUGAGCUCCUUUAAAAAAAUGUCCUCUACCAGUCCCAAACAGCUUCCUCCUCUUUCUCCUCCUCCUCCCCCAGAAGGAGGAGCACAAGGUGAAGUGGAAAGACCACCCAAAGUGCUACAUUUGCACCCCCAUUGUGAGGAAACAUAUAUAUUUAAAUUAUAUAUAUAUAUAUUAAAAAAAAAGUUAUGCUUCAGGGAAAUUCCAUAUAUUUCGUCAACUUGCUUGCGUCAGGUCUCUUUCCUCUUCCUCUUGUGUUAAAUUUUUGUUUUCUAUUUGGUGUCCAAAUUUGAUGAUGUUUUUUAAGAGUUUUGUCUUUGUCAGGGGUGCAUUUGAUGUAAUUUAUUAAUUUUGGCUUCUUUGUUAUCGUAAUAAUUGUUAUCAUAUGUUUAGUCUUUUUGUUUUCUCUUGUGUGAGAAUAUUCCAGGACACAUGCACAUUUGGCUUUGUGAUUUGAAUAUCGUGAGUUAAAGGAAGGAACGUUAUUACAUUCUGUUCUGUCUGGGGUUUGGUAAGGAUAUCAGCAUCCCAAGUUUUGCAUGUGAUUCAUCGAAAAUUACUUGACCGGCUGCUUUUCGCAGCAUCCAGCAAUAUGGCCUUACCAUUUUGUUCUCAAACUUCUAAUUUAAAGUGUGAAUAUGCUAAAUUGCUUGUGCUGAAGCUCAUGCUAACACAGUUCAGCACUCAUCUGUCAUGUGCUUACGCUUGGGAGUGGAUUCUGUAUUCAUACCUCCCAUCAGAACUCUUCAGCCCCAUUUUUCUGUCGCCCAUCUUCUCUCCCCAUGUGUUUGCUUCUUCGGCCUCUAGAGGGCAUCAGGAACACAACUCCAACUGUUACAUUUAAAGCUGAAUAGUGUUGAGAUUCAUUCAAAACACUGUAGUGAAUUCACAUGUUCAGUGAAGCUUCUUCAGUUUGUUCAUGUAGGGCUUGUUUAAGUUUUGUUAAUUUUUACAUAUGUAUAUAGAAUUUAUGUUUACUAACAACAUCAUUGUAAUUUGCAUUAGAGUCUUAGUUCAUCGAGUUUUAGUCUCCACUGACUGCAUCCGAACCACACAACUGUUUGAAUAAACAUAACAGCAACAUACUAUCUUAACAGCGGAAGUCCGUUAGUUUCAUUCACAGCUGCUUUUUAACUUCUUAAGGCGGUUUCUGUUUGUUACUGAACAGAACAUGAAUAUUAGCCUAAAGCUAAAAAUCAGGUUUCCAAUUAUCUGGUUUUAAUUUAAGCUUAACCAACACAUCAAUUCACACUUUUCCAUCCAUCCUUCUGUCUGUGCGGUUCCUUCAUCAGUUACAUUUAUUUCCCAUUAACUAGCCGUCUUUAAAAAUUCUCAACUCACUAGCUGCUACAUCUGACUAAAUGCAUUUCAAUUAUUUUAUAUAAUAUAAAAUUUGGCUGUUUUGUUUAUAUAUGAAAAUACAUUUCUACAUAUAUUUAAGUGUUUCUUGUAUUGUGUAUAUAAUCAGUAUUAGGCAAAUGAAGCCAUGUUUAGGAUGGAGUGGUGGCAGGAUGUGGAUAAUUGAAGUCUCUGUGUAUGUGACCAUGCUAUACUGUGUUAGGUUUCGGUUCGACUCGUGCCCUGUGACGGGGUUGUCGGGUUACGUUUGGAGCAGCCUGGAAACAUUUACAUAAAGCCCUCUUCCACAUGAGCUCUGCAAAAAAAAAAUGGGCCACUAUUUCUGAAAAAUCUGGUGUGUGUAUUUGUAUGUAUGUUUGAGCGCUUUCAACCUCAUUUACCUUAGCUCUGAUUCUGAAUAUUGCCUCACAGUGACUAAACAAGGUGACAGUUUGAUGGCCAGUUGUCACAGCCCUCAGCAAAAUGUCUGACCCAUGAACAAAGUAAAGGCUGUGCCUCUUAGUGAUGUUUUAACUGUCAUCAAAACAUGGUUUCUAUGUUGUCUAAGGGUUUGUGGGGAUACUUAUGGUCGGCAUAUCAAAUUGGGUUUUAACUAUUCUUUGUAGUACGAGCAGGGAACAUGCACCAAACAAAAUAUGUCACAGGUCAGACUGGUUUUCUGUCUCAUUUUUUCAAAAACUGAAUUGAAAUCUUGAAUACCUUAUGCUUGAACAGUCCAAGCACGAGGUUUGGGGACCUUUUAUUUCUGCCUUGUUCUCUGCUGUCUAACUCAAAUCUCUUUGUACAUAAAGACUAGAAGCUUUACAUCUUAGCUUUGAUUAAUUCUCUCAAAGAAUGUAACAGACUCCAUAAACCGUCCUUCAUUAUUUACCGUGUCUCUCAGAGCUGCCCUCCUCUUGGCUUUCAUCCAUUAUUCAUUUAGAAAACAUGAUACUCUUUGCACUGUUACAAAUUACUCCCUAUGUUUAAGGAUGGUUACUGAGGAGUAGUUUUAGUGUACUGAAUCGUAGGAGAGUUGUGUGAUAUUCUGGAAGAAAAGAAAAAGUAAUCUGUUCCCUCCCAAAUGUUUUAGUCUUAUUAGUAAUCCCAAACUUGCCUGCAUCCAAAUUCCCCCCAAACUCUUCUUACUCAUCUUUCCACUCAUGUGUAGCAUUUGCUGGGGGGCUGUUGUAGCUGCUGCUCGAACAGAUACUGUAUCUCUUCCAAGUCCUGCUGUAUCUUCGAGGGCUCGAGUACAGAGCUGACUGCUUUAAAUCCACAACUUUGUCUAUAACAAUAGGAUAGAACGGUGCCUUAGAAUGAUAUUUAGUAUUUUAUUGUAUUACACUUAACUAAGAAAGCUUUUCCUUACCUCGGCCUCGACAAUCAAGUCUAUCCAACCAGGGCGACUAAGUGAAUAUGAAUAUUUUUUUCGAAGAGUUACAGACCUAACAACGCCCUGUCCACGAGUAAAAUUUGUACUGUAAAUAUAUCUUAAGUGUACUGAGAAGAUACAAACUGUUAAUACAAAUAAAGUCUUG